CCUGCCGAUCCACUGAAGGUAACGCUGCAACAUUCAGCUAGCCUCGUGACACCGCGUGGACAUCGCGUUGGCAGGCAAGCCUCCAGCGCCUGCCAAAAUGGGUAGUCACGGUGCUGCUCCGCUUGACCCAAUGUGGGACGAUACGGACAGGCUGCUCGGCCAGCUGCUGAUGAUGGGGUUUGAGGGCACUACUGUUACGCCACAGAUCCGCAAACUCAUCAGAGAAGAUCACCUUGGCUCGAUCCUGCUGACAGCCAAGAAUCUCAAGUCUGCCGAACAAACUACGCAGCUCGUGCUUGAACUCCAGAAGUGUGCAUACGAUGCUGGUCAUCCCGUGCCUUUGGCCAUUGGCCUUGACCAGGAGAAUGGCGGUGUCAACUCGCUUUUCGACGAGAUUUACAUCCGCCAAUAUCCCUCCGCUAUGGGUGUGGCGGCAACUGGAUCUCGAGAAUUGGCCUUCGAAGUCGCGAAAGCUACGGCAGAAGAGAUCUCAGCAUGCGGUAUCAAUCUCAUGAUGGGUCCGUGUCUGGAUGUGUUGACCAAUGCACGCAACCAACCCUUAGGCGUCCGCACGACGGGUGAUGAUCCUCAAGAGGUCUCCUCGUAUGGCGUCGCCUUCAUGAGAGGCUACAAGGAGGCCGGGCUUGCUUCGAUGGGCAAGCACUUCCCUUCGUAUGGCAGCUUGGAGUUUUUAGGCUCGGCUUUGGACGUCCCAACUAUCACUGAGAGCUUGGAGUCACUGAGUCUGAACGCGCUGGUACCUUUCCGCAAUGCCAUCAAGGAAGGUUUGGACGCCAUGAUGGUGGGUGGCUGCGCCAUGUCUUCCGCAGGCUUGAAUGUAAUGCACGCUUGUCUCUCCGAGCAAGUCGUCAAUGAUCUUCUGCGGAAUGAUUUGAAGUUCGACGGUGUUGUUAUAUCUGAUUGCUUAGAAAUGGAAGCCUUAAGUCAUAAUAUUGGCGUCGGUGGUGGUACGGUCAUGGCGAUCAAUGCUGGCUGCGAUGUGGUAUUGCUGUGCCGGUCGUUCGUGCACCAGCAGGAAGCAAUCCAAGGUCUUAAACUCGGCAUCGAGAAUGCUAUGAUAAGCACCGAGCGCCUCCGAUCAUCACUGCGACGAGUCCUGGACAUGAAGGCGAGGAGCACAUCGUGGGAGAAGGCGCUGGCUCCGCCCGGCAUCGGCCUGCUGUCACAGCUGCAGCCUUCACAUACGACUUUAUCAACGAGAGCUUACAACUCAUCGAUUACCGUCGUUCGCGACAAGAACAGGCUUCUUCCGCUGUCGAAUAUAAUGGAGCCUGAAGAUGAACUUCUGCUUUUGACUCCUCUUGUGAAGCCGUUAGUCGCAUCGGCCGCAGCGCGACAGCUGAGCGAACAUGCCACCAGUGACUCGCCCGAGCCAGCACUAUGGGAGCGCAGUGCAUCUGUUAUGAGCGGAGAGCGCGUCUUUCGCGAACUUGGCAGAUCACUUGCUCGGCAACGGAGUGGUCGGGUUCUACAUACAUCAUACACCGCAAACGGAGUUCGACCGCAGCAUGAGAACCUCAUUGGCCGAGCUAGUGCAAUCAUUAUCGUAACCGCCGACGCGAACCGCAACCUGUACCAGCAUGGUUUCACGAAGCAUGUCUCGAUGAUAUGCAACAUGCAAUACAAAUCCGGGGCGGAAAAGCGAGAGAAGCCGGUGAUAGUGGUGGCAGUCAGCUCACCUUAUGACUUUGUAAUGGACCACACGAUCGGCACCUAUGUCUGUACAUACGACUUCACGGAAACGGCAUUGACCUCGUUAGUAAAGGUACUAUACGGCGAAUGUACGGCAGCUGGAGCCCUGCCCGGCACUCUCAGUCAAAGUCAGAAACUCUCCCAAUCGAAGCAGCAUUGGCUCGUUGAAGCUUUCAACGAGGAGCGUGACUCAAACGCACUCGACGUCCUCAUCAAGUCAUCUGUGGACGAUAACACACCAGGCCUACACUCUGAGCUCGCAAGCGCAACGUCCAACUCAUUCCUCCUCCGGAACCCGGAAGUGCUCGAAGCGCACUUCGUUGUGCGCAACAGUACUACGCAAGCAUUGUACGGCUUUUGCACGACGUACUUCUUCAAAGCUACCGGCACUGGCGUUAUAGGCGCCGUCUUCGUGGAUUCCGGAAGACGGAAGCUGUCGAUCGGCCAUUCCCUACACAACCGAGCCAUACGCACCAUGCUGCAGAGAGAUGGUGUCAAGCGAUUUCAGCUGGGCUCGCGACUGCCCAGUAUCUACCUCGGCAUACCAACCGGUCAUGGGGGUGAACGCAAGCGGCUGCGUUCUUGGUUCGCAAAUCUCGGCUGGAACACGGCUUUGAGUCGCUCUGUUUGCAGCAUGGUAGCGCGCAACCUGUCUACCUGGACACCGCCGCCAGGCAUGGCGAAGAGCUUGCAAAGUGCUGGUGCAGACUUUGAUCUUGUCUACGGCUGGGAUCAUGCUGGUCCAGUACUCGAUCACAUCAAGACCAAUAAUCGACAAGGACUCGCGGAAGUCUACAAGAUGGCGCUUUCCGACCCUUCAGCCUGCGGCAUCAUUCGGGCGAAACGGCCAGAGGACGGUUCGCUCGUCGGCACGGUUGUCUUGUACAACAUGCAAUCGCAGCUCGCGGACUUUGUACCUGGCAUGAAGGACAUCGGGGAGCUUGCGGGAGGCAUCUCCUCUCCCGUCAUCAGUCCUGCAGUCGGCGAAUACUCUACGCUGCUGCAAGGCCUGAUCCUCCUGGGUAUGCGGCAGAUCAAGCAGCAGGGCUGCAAUGCUUGUAUACUCGACUAUAUAGACGGGGAUGGCAACUUUGAUGGGCUGAGUGCUAUGGGAUUCAGCGUCCUGCACACGUUCGAGGAAGUCAGUUGCGAUGCGGCGACAUGGACGAUGGUACCGCCGUCGUAAACUAAGGGCGCGCCUUCUUGGAUACAAUUUUUGCUUUGAUACCCAGUCUGCGGUUGAUCCGUAGUGAUGCGAUUACUGAUGAGCUGUAUAAAUGAUACCCCUGCUGUCUAUCUACAUCGUCGAAAGA